AUGUUCAUUGUGAGCAAGUAUGGACUGAACGCAACGAUGUGGAGGGAGGAAUGGAGAGAGCACCUGCAGGUGAAGUUCUUCCAGGAGAGAAUAUGGCUGGAGAAGCGGGUGGAGGCUCUCCAGAAUAUCAUGAGCCGUGAACUGGACCACAGGAUGGAGCUCUUCAAGGCAGAAUGGAGGAAAGAAGAGGAGAGGAGGAGAGAGGAGGAGGAAAACAACAGCUGUGUAGAUGAGCUGAAGGAGUAUUUGAGAGAGAGGCAGAUCAAGGAAGAUGAGAUGAGGCAGAAGGAGAGAGCUCUGGAGGUGACAUUGGAGGAAGUUAGGGGGAUGCUGAAGGAGCUCCAGAAGCAGAAAGAGGAGUACCAGACAGUGCAGCAGGAACUCAAAAAGAUUCAGGUAGAAAGAAUAAAGAUCGAGACAGAAAAGAGAGAGAUCAAGAGAGAGAAAGAAAGACUGAGAGAGGAACAGGAGAGGAUAGCAGCACAGGAAAGAAUUCUCCUCAUGGAAGUCGCCAAGCAAUGGAAAACAACUGCUUUAGAACAACAUGAGGAGAUCAGACAUGAUAGAGAGAGAGAGAUGGAGAGAUGGAGAGUGAUGGAGGAAAAGCUACUGCAGGCAAGGAAGAAUGAAGAGUUGGUGAGAGAGCGAAUGAAACUCGAAGAAGAGAAAAGGCGAGCCUCCAUGGAGAAUGAGCUGCAGAAAGAGAGAUACAAGAAGAUGGUGGAGGAAGAGAGAAAGAUGAUGCAGAAAAAGACAAGAAUGAUCGCAAAGGAAUGGAAGAAUAUUGGAAUGGAGAUGGUGAACAUCGAGACAGAAAAAGAGGCUCUUGAGAAAGAGAAGGAGACGGAGAGAGUGAUGCAUGUCUACAGAGAGAGUCUGACUGAGAAAGAAAUGCAAAGACAGAAGACAAAAAUGGAGAGAAUGGAGAAGGUGAGAAGGAUGGUAACAGAAGAAGAGUGGAGGGCUAUUGAUGCAGAGAAGGUUAAGAUCGAAGAGGAGCGGAAUGCUGUAGAGAGAGAGAAGAAGCAGGCAGAGAAAGAGAUAAGGAGGCAGAGGAAGAGACUUGAGAGAGAGGAGGAGGAGAGAAAGAGGAGAGAGCAGGAUGAAAUAAAGAGAGAGGAUGUCAUUGCUAUUGCGAGAGAGGAGAUCCUCUUUCAGAAGGAGAAACAAGAGAAAGAUUGUAAGAAUCUGGAGAAAGAGAGUGCUCUCAACAAACUGGUGGAGGAGGAGAGGAAGCCUCUGGUGAAGACAAAGAGGGGAAAGGAGAAGAGUGUAGAGAUGGAGAGAGUAUGCUGCACCCACCCCGGUAAACACACAUGGCACCGCCACCAUGUGCGACCCAGUCCUCUCUUGCAGUGCCGCACCAGAGAGACUGAGUGCUGCGUCCUUCUUCCCAUGUAUGGAGGUACUCCUUGCCUCGGCUGUGAUGGCUUGAAGGCCAGCCAGUGCGGCGAGCUGCUCGGUUCCUCUAUUUCAGCUCCUCCUCCUGCCUUCUUGAGCACCAGAUGUGCCUGCCAAACCAUCAUACUCAGCUCUGCCGUCAGCUCAAAGUGUCACUGGAGGGCCGUGACCAACACUGCCAGGCCACCACGCUGCUCCGUCAUCCAAGCGUUCUCAUCCCAACUGUAA